GGGUCCCUCCGUGCGGUGUAGCAGGUCGGUAGGCGGGAAAUGGCGACUGGCUGCUGAGCGGCUGCGGAGCGCGGAGCCCUGGCGGCGGUGUAAACACAGCGGCUCCCGCCCGGCCCGGCUCGGCCUGGCCCGGCCGCUGGGGACCCGAGCACCAAGGGCCCGCCUCCCCAGUACCCUGCACCCACAGCUUUACAUGUGGCACAGAUGAAGAUGAGGCUGAGAACGCGGAAAGCUUCUCAGCAGUCAAAUCAAAUCCACACACAACGAGCUGUGAGGGCCAAGAGGAAACACUUGGAGGUGGAAGAGACCUUGCCUGUUGGUGGGGGGAAGCCACAGAAAAAUGAAACUGGCUUAUUGUCCUCGAUCAAAAAGUUCAUCAAGGGAAGCACACCUAAGGAAGAAAGAGAAAAUCCUGCAAAAAGAAGUCGGAUUGAUCGGGACAUAGACAACCUGAUUACAUCUACACCUCAGACAGGAGAGAAGCCUCGAGUGCGACGGAAAAGUCAAAUGAAUGGAGAAGCUGGAAGUUAUGAAAUGACAAACCAACACGUGAAGCAGAAUGGGAAAUUAGAAGAUAAUCCUCCCACUGGCAGUCCCCCCCGAACUACCUUACUGGGAACCAUUUUUUCUCCUGUUUUUAAUUUUUUUUCACCAGCAAAUAAAAAUGGAACGUCAGGAUCAGACUCUCCAGGACAGGCUGUUGAAGCUGAAGAAAUAGUCAAACAGCUUGAUAUGGAACAGGUAGAUGAGAUUACCACAAGCACUGCAACAUCAACCAAUGGAGCAGCUUACACAAGCCAAGCAGUGCAGGUCAGGUCUGCUGUCAACAAUGGCUUAGAAGAAGUGGAGGAAGCAACUGACCGUGACCUGCCACCACUCACAGCACCAGUGUCUCCAGACAGUGGCUACUCAUCAGCUCAUGCAGAAGCCACCUAUGAAGAAGACUGGGAAGUCUUUGAUCCAUACUAUUUCAUCAAGCAUGUUCCACCACUAACAGAAGAACAACUGAACAGGAAGCCAGCUCUCCCGCUGAAAACAAGAAGCACACCAGAGUUCUCAUUAGUUCUAGACUUGGAUGAAACAUUAGUGCACUGUAGUCUGAAUGAGUUAGAAGAUGCUGCACUCACCUUUCCAGUUCUUUUUCAAGAUGUCAUUUACCAGGUUUAUGUGCGGUUAAGGCCGUUCUUCCGAGAAUUCCUGGAACGUAUGUCUCAGAUUUAUGAGAUCAUUCUUUUUACUGCUUCUAAGAAGGUGUAUGCAGACAAGUUAUUGAACAUUCUAGACCCUAAAAAGCAACUGGUCAGGCAUCGACUUUUCCGUGAGCAUUGUGUUUGUGUGCAAGGAAAUUACAUCAAGGAUCUAAACAUCCUAGGAAGAGACCUGUCCAAAACCAUCAUCAUCGACAAUUCACCGCAAGCCUUUGCGUACCAGCUUUCCAAUGGAAUUCCUAUAGAAAGCUGGUUCAUGGAUAAAAAUGACAAUGAACUCCUAAAAUUGAUUCCAUUUCUGGAGAAACUUGUAGAGCUGAACGAAGAUGUCCGACCUCACAUCAGAGACAGAUUUCGCUUGCAUGAUUUGCUACCCCCCGACUAAAGCCUUUUUUGUCCCGUUACCGAAGGGGGAGAAAAUGCAGGACCCUUUUUUUGGACUGACACAAAACAUUGCCAUUACUGUUGAAAUUUUGCAUUUUUGUACCCCCGUCUUGCUUUUCUUAUCUUUGGUGCCCAACAAUAAUCAAGGGUUACAGAAAGAGACUUUCUCUCUGAGGUGGAAUCCAUGCAGUACAAUACAGUAGGUAGGCUAGAGCAGAAAAGUCUUUAGAACUAGUGCAACUCCAAGGAAAAAAACAACAACAACAACAAACAAAAACCAACUUUUUUUUUUUUUUUAAUGUCCAGGACAUCUGCAGUCUAUAAAGAAUUCUGUUUCUGCCACCAGCAGUUUGACCUGUUGAAACACAGGAUUUUCUGAUACAACAGAGAUUGAAAAUGGACUCUUUGUUUUCUCUCUGUUCGGUGCUCUAAGUGGGUUCGUAGCCACUUUUCUGUUACUUCUAAGAUUUCUCAUUUCAACAGGAAUGGCCAGUAAAAGAUGUUCUACUUUUUCUUUUUUUUCCUGUUAAGGUUUAUAACCUUUUGACUUUUCUUUUUUUUUCUUUUUUCCCCCCUGACCUGUGUUAGAUUAGGAUUUCAUUAUGCAUUCCUCUUCAGUUGAGGCGCUUCAUAGGUUCGGGUUUAUUUCAUUUUAUUUCAGGAACUAGCCAAAUUUUCAGAGCUGUUUGUUUGUGAGUUGGUUUUUUUGUUUGGGGCUUUUUUUUUUUUUAUUAAACAGUUGGCUGGCCGUUUUCCUGCUUCCUCUGCCUGCAUACUGUAUAUUUGUUUAAAAAUACUCUCUAGGUUUAGCCCGUGUAAGUUUCAUUUAGAGAGAGAGAGAGAAAAGAAAAACCAACCCUCCCUCACUUCCCAGCAUUUAUAUUUUCUUUCUGUAAUAUUCUACUGUAGUUGAAAUCUUUUAAACAAACAAAACAAAAAAACCCACACACACACACAAAAAAAAAAAUCAAGAGACUGGCUAGAUAAGAAGAAUCUAAGAAUUACUAACAUUCAGAAUGUUUUAAACCAUUGUGAUGGCAUGUUCUUGGGACAGACAAUAUCUUGCAGUGGCACAAACAACCGAUGGACAAAGGAAUACCUCAGACUAUGCUGUGCAUGCCAAUCUUGACAGGAGAACUAGAGCUUGGCCACACCUCUUAGGUUCGAUGCAAUUCAAUUACUGCUGCCUUGUUUCCUCCAAGAUUGAAGUGUUCUGCACAGUGGCUCAGUAUUUUCAGACGUUUUUGGCAUGGGCUGGGGGGUACCCCUGUGACACUCUGCGUUACAAUCAGUCCUAGAGCCGGGGUGACAGCGAAGGGACCCGGCGGCCGCUAUGCACAAUCCUGUGGUACAGACACUCCAGGCCCCCGCCGCAGCCCCACUGGUUUCUCUUGUUCUCUGGAAGUAGUCUCUCAGCCUUUGGUUCUCUAAUGCAGCCACUCCAGGAGGUGGAUAUUUUUAUAAUGGUGUGUCUAAUAAUCUCCUUUUUCCAGAGGCUUUUUAGGGAAGGGAUCAUUUGUAAAAGGUUGGGGCCCGCUCUGCCUCUCGACUGCAUUACCCCCGCCGCAGGCUCAGACUGUUUGUGUGUCAAAGAUGUCACAGAACGGCACUUUUUCUAAAGAGAAGUUUGAUAUUUUGUAUGCUUGUUAAGAAAGUACAGUAUUGGAGAUUAAAGGUGGACAGCUGAUAAUUGAGAAGUAUGGCAAUUAAUUUUUUAUGUAUAUUUACCUGUUUACUUGUACAAUUUUUAUUGUACAAAAAAAAUUUACAUGCAGCUUCAUUUUCAAAUGAGUCCUUAAAAUAAGGAAAAUCUUUUUAGGAAGACAUUUAAUUUUUGUAUUUUUGAUUUUAAAGGAAAAAAAAAAAAAGAAAAAAAAAGGACAAAAAAAAAAAAAAAAAAGGCAUGAGUUAUGUCAACUUUUUUCCAGUGUAUUAAUGAAGAUUUUAACUUUUCAUCAGGUUGAGUGUUUUCUUACUAUAUUCUCUGUUGUGUACGUAGCUAGCACAUUGUGUCACUGAACUGUUUAAAGAACUUAGCAUGUAGAGCAAAGCCUGUUUUGUGGAAAAUCCUUAUUCAUUUAAAAAAAAGAAAACAAACCCAACAAAACGAAAAACACAAAAAAAAUCUAUUCAUCAUGGCAGGCUUUCUGCAAAAACAAAACAUAACAAAAAAAAAAAGAGGAAAAAAAAAGACUAAAAAAAAAAGAAAAGGAAGGACAAAAAAAAAAAGUGAAAACAUUUGCAAUUCAGAAUACUGUUUUUUUUGUAUUUAAAGAAAAAAAAAAAGGUAUUUUGCUUGCAGGAAAGAAAUACUACAGAUUCAUUUUAAUGAGAAUCUUUUAAAUGUAUUUAUCUUUAGGGCAUCUGGGCAUCUUUACGCUGUUUGUCUUAUGUCUUUAUUGAAAUAAAAUGUACAUAACAUUACCUUUA